CUUUAACCGGGAAGAGAAAACCGCUAUGUAGCAGAACUGCUUAGGAGAAAACGAGCAACAUUGCAGCGACUGUAGUAUUUGUUUACAAUUAUUUAAAGCGGCGGCCGGUAUAGUAUACACCCGUUUUGAAGAUGAAAGUAAGAUAACAAGUGUGUAUUUGUUGUUAAGAGCAGAAAUGGAGAAGCAGUCGCCUCUGUUGUGCUCUGAGCUGUGUGUUCAGCGUAGAUUGUUUGAGGUCACAUUAAACUUUGCGAUUCUCGCGUGGAAAGACAUACAAAUCGCCAAAAAACACACCGGACGCGCCAUAUAUGGAGCUGUCAAAGCGGGUAGUCAUUGUGUCCCAGUGUGUGAAAUUAUAGCCGUUCAGGAAAAAGAAGAUGACUCUCCUUGUAAAGACACUGGGAAAUGGCAGAAGGUUCCUCAGAGCCCAGCGGACUCAUGCCAGCACGCUUUCACAGUGUUCUACGUAGAGAGGAUGAGGCAGCACUGCUGGCAGUGCAGCAAUGUGACUUUCCACUGCUCUGAACAUUCCAUGUGUCUGCUCUGGGUCCAAACUAUUAGGGAACAACUUGCAUUGUUGACCAAUCGACCGAAGAAUUUGCUAGUGUACAUCAACCCCUACGGAGGAAAACAACUUGGGAAGCAGAUUUACGACCACAAAGUGGCCCCCAUCUUUUCCCGGGCUUCCAUUUCCACCGACGUGAUUGUUACCGAACGUGCAAAUCAUGCCAGGGACCACUUGAAGACGGAGGCUGAUCUGAAGAAGUAUGACGGUGUGGUGUGUGUUGGAGGAGAUGGCAUGUUCAGCGAGAUGAUGCAUGGCCUUGUCUCCCGUACACAGCGAGAAGCAGGUGUGGACGAGAACUCAAUGGAGGAGACCCUUAUGCCAUGUGGACUUCGCAUCGGCAUCAUUCCUGCAGGUUCGACUGACUGUAUAUGCUACGCAACAGUUGGCUCAAAUGACCCUGUCACCUCAGCACUGCACAUCGUUGUGGGUGAUUCUCAGCCAAUGGAUGUCUGCUCAGUGCACAAUGAAGACCAUUUCCUGCGUUACUCUGUGUCACUAUUGGGUUACGGGUUCUACGGAGAUGUGCUGACAGACAGUGAGAGGAAGCGCUGGAUGGCAUUACUCUUGUUCCCUUUCUUUCUUCAGUUUGAUCACUCUUUUGUGGAGGUGUACCGGGUCAAGCAGUUCCGAUUCACCCCCAGAUACCAGGAGUGUGAUUCCGAAGUGGACCUGAGAGAGAGCGGAGCGACAGGCAAGCGAUUCCUUAGUCAGAUCUGCAGGGAGCACAGAGCCUGUGGCUGCAUGCCUUCCCAGAGCAACUGGAACUGUGAUGGAGAGAUCCUUCCACACACUGCCAUUCAAGUCCGGGUCCACAGCCAAUUGAUCAAGCUGUUUGCGAGAGGCAUUGAAGAGCAGCCGGUGUUUGAGGACCCGUAUGCUCACUGUGCAAUAUAGAUGUCCACUCCACUUAAGAAACCUCCAGCUGGAUCAUGAAGAAUUGAGAUUCUUUGAAUGGAAGAGUCACCUUCAGCUCAGCACAGUAUCAUGCUGUUUUACCCAGAUAAUCCUCAUGAAGAUGCUUUGGAAACACACUGAGCUGGAGUCAACAGCAUUUGAAUAGGCUGUAUUAGAUUUGUGUAAGAUAGGAUUAGCUGUUUCAGCUAGGUAUUAGUAUUGCUGUUUUUUCAUUUCAACCCUUGAAGGCCUUGAAGUUGCUGGUGAUAUCUCUUGCUGUAUGCGACGGCUUCCAGUUGUCAGCAUUUGUCUUCCACCACGAUCAAGCUGGUCUUGAGAGUAGCGUUAAUUGAAUCCCAAAGUCAAAUUCCUGGAACUGUGAAAUCUCUGGUAUGUUUAUGAAUACAUUCUUCUUGGUUGCA